AUGAGUGUGGGGGAUUAUAGCCACAGGUUUAAUUCUUUGGCAGGAUAUGCACCAGAUAUUGUACGUACCAUGAGAGCCAGAGUUCAUCGUUAUGUUGAUGGUUUGGCAGAUCAUUGGAUCAGAGAUUGUAGGGUAGCAUCCCUAUCAGAUGAUGUAGAUAUUUCCCUCGUACAGGCUUUCGCUCAGACUACAGAGGACCUUUCUAAACGGAUUCGUGAUACACGCAGGGAUAGGGAGCAGAGUAAGACGGCCCGUACUAUGGGGUCUUAUAGGGAGCCACAUGGCCAGCCUGAAGGUCGUCGACAGGAUCAUUCCGUACAGGUAAGACAUCCAACUCCUCACUGUACACAGUGUGGUAAGCCGCACACUGGGCAGUGUAGACAGGGUUCAGGUGCAAGUUAUCAUUGUGGGCAGACAGGACAUUUUAUUACUCGGUGCCCGAGGUUGAGCAGAGGUGUUCUAGCGCAGCCUUCAGGAUCCACAGCAACAUCUUCACCCUCAGUCCGUGCCCCACGACCAGGACCACAGUCUACUCAGGGUCAUGGUAGAGGGAGAGGUGAAGGAGAUACAGGUUCGAGCGGUGGUCAGAAUCUCUUUUAUGCACUCACAGGACGACAGGAUUCAGAGGCAUCCCCUGAUGUUGUUACAGGUAUAUUGACGAUAUCUUCUCAAGCUGUUUACGCAUUGAUAGACCCUGUUUCUACAAUUUCAUAUAUUACUCCAUUUAUUGCUAGUAAGAUUGACAAGAAAUCUGAGUUGUUGCCACAACCAGUUGAGGUGUCUACACCGAUUGGCGAUUCUAUUUUAGCUAGUCGUGUCUAUCAGGAUUGCACGGUACUAAUUAAUGAUCGUCCAACCUCCGCUGAUUUAGUUGAGUUGAUUAUGCUAGAGUUUGAUGUUAUCAUGGGUAUAGAUUGGUUAGCAGCUUGCUAUGCUAAUAUUGAUUGUCGUGCGAAGAUAGUACUAUUUUACUUUUCAGGUGAGCCAGUCCUUGAGUGGAAGGGUAAUUCAGCCACUCCUAAGGGUAAGUUUAUUUCAUACCUUAGGGCUCGGAAGUUGAUUGCUAAAGGUUGCAUAUACCAUAUAGUUCAUGUACAGGAUAUUGAUAAGGAGCUCAUGACUCUUCAGUCAAUUCCUAUCGUGAAUGAAUUUUCAAUGGUAUUACCUGAUGAUCUUCCAAGAAUUCCCCCAAAAAGGGAAAUUGAUUUCUCUAUAGACUUGCUUCCUGAUACGCAACCUAUAUCGAUUCCUCCCUAUAGAAUGGCACCUGCAGAACUAGGAGAAUUGAAGGAACAACUAAAGGACUUGCACGAUAAAGGCUUUAUUAGGCCAAGUAUUUCCCCAUGGGGUGCCCCAGUGCUCUUUGUUUGA